AUGGCGAAGGUUUUAUUAGAUGAUUGCGGAGCAGAUAUCAAUGCUUCUUGGCACGGGUCAACUGCAUUGAUGCUAGCAUGUGAGAAUCGAGAUUGGAAGGCUGUUGACUUUUUGCUGAGCGAAAGCACCAUUGACAUUACUUUACGCAAUGAGAAUGAUGAGACAGCAAUGGAUAUCGCUAUCAGGAACGGUGCGAGCGCAAUCGUCAAACGGUUUCUUACCAUGGACUUGGAUCUCCAGGACACAGGGCACAAGGUUCCAUUUCCGCUAAGGCAUGCCUUCGAUAACGAACAAUAUUAUAUAUUCCAAUUAAUACUAUCGGAUCCCCGCACGACUAUGGAUGAGAAAGCAAGACUCAACUUGAAACGAACAUUUCACGCUGCUGUCAGAGACGGAGAUUGUAUCGCGGCCGAAAUGAUACUCUCCCUUGACACCGCUCAACUAGCUCUUGUCAGCCUUCAGGGGGAAUAUGCUCUACAUGAGGUUGUUCAAAGCUACAGAAAUGGUCUGACUGCUUUGACGAUCGCGUCGUCUCGGGAUUUUCGCGAAAUCGUGCUGAAAUUGCUGCAGCAUACAGAUAUUGAAAUCGACGCCACUGACCACUGGGGCAGAACUGCACUUUGGUAUGGUGCUGCUGGCGGAAAUCUUGACAUUGUGCAAGAUUUGUGCGCGCACCCUCAGAUUUCAAGAAAUAUCGCAGACCAUGCAGGACACACGGCCCAAAGUAUCGCAAGACAGCACGAGAACUUUGACGUCUCGGAUUUUCUUGGCAAACUUGAUUCCGGUGCGUCCAAAUCGAAGGAACCACAAUAA